AAGUUGUAAAAGAGAGCAAGAAUGAGCACUUGAAACAGAGAGAGAGCUGUGGAGUGGAUCGGGACUGCUGGUCCCUACCUUGUUUUAUUACUUCAACAACUUGGUGCUAGUGCUGAUGGCUGUGGAGGUGGAAGAUGAUGUUUUCUUUGCAGAUCUUGCUAAGCAGAUUGCUCUGCUAAUUAUGGAUGAUGAGGAAGAGUUCCUAGUGCAUUACCCUCAGCUUCCUGUUCAGGAGCAUCCUUGCAUGCCUCAAAUCAUGAUUCCACCACCGCAAAGCUAUCAGAUGGCUUACAGAAGGGAGAGCAAAGGAACAGGAGUCUUCAUCCCAUGCUCUACUGCACCAAGAAAGAAGAACAGGCCAAGGAGGCCCUCACCCUCUCCACCUGACAGUAACCCCCAUAGGCAGCUGGGCAAGUCUGCAGCUGUGGUUUCUCAUGUCACCGGCAACAAUCUCAUAUACAGCAAUCAUUACCGUAACUCAAGUGUGCUAAAGAAGCAGACACAGAAGUAUCAAAUGAUCUCUGGCUCAUACUAACUUCUCUACAAUGCCAUGGUACAAUGUGAAGCUAAAAAUAACACUAUUCCAUCCGGUGAUCUACUAGUGAAGAAGGCUUAAAAUAAGCUUCCAGCCUCUUCAAUGAAUUGUAUAGUGCCUGAAACUGCUGGAGUGUAGCUUGGUGGAGUGCAGAGCAUGGCAAUGAUCAUGUUUUUGAGAUGCUGCUGUUGUGAUGAGGGUCUUCAGGACCUCCAGAACUGAUCAAAUCAACAGUGAUGUACCAAAAGCUAAUGAUGCACUCCCUUUUUAAUCCAAGUGAUGAGUUAGAGACAAGAAGACAUCAAAUGUGGUGUUCUACUUUAAGAUGUCAUUAUGUAUAGAACUCCUGUUCCCAUUUACACAAACAAAGUGAAACUUGUCCAUAUUGAUACUUGGAGAAUGACAGAAAAGCCUUUCCUUGCAUGAUGUGGAAUGUAGAGGAGAUCUUCCACACUGUAGUGUGUACAAACAUCAUGAUAUCAAAACAGCAACUGCAGAU